CUCCCACAGUGAUGCAGAGGGGAAUUUGCUGACAGUCCCUUGCCAGGUGGGGCUGGCUUCUCCAGGCCAGCGAGGAGGAGGACCGGCUGGCAGUCUCCUCCCAGGUAGGGAGCGUGUUGCUUGUCACCGCAUCCGGCGGCCUGAGUAUCUUGCCUGGCGAAGGAGCUGUGGCGCCGAGGGCGCAGAUACGAGCCUUGGAGGAGCCAGCUUUGUGCUCAGGAAUUAAGCAGAGAAGCAGCUGGGACACUUGGAAGUACCUGAGGACUGGUUAGAGGAAGGAGGGCCAGUGACAGCCCAUCUGCCUGAGUCCCAGACCUUACCUGCUGCUCCAGCAGCCCUGUAGCUGGGUGGGGCCUCCAGGCCUGACUGGGACCCUCACUGGAGAACCGACUCAGGGAGCCUCCCAGGAUGGCUGUCUCACCAGGCAACCUGAAUGUGGUGGCAAAGUCCCAGAACUUGUCGGCAGGCGACUGCUUCCAAUCUCAGAGCACAGUCCUGCAGGGGCAGCCCUUUGGGGGUAUCCCCACCGUGCUGUUCCUCAACGUCAUCUUGUGGGUGGUCAUCAUUUUGGUUUACUCCUUCCUCCGGAAAGCGGCGUGGGACUAUGGACGCCUGGCUCUGCUGAUACACAAUGACAGCCUGACCUCACUGAUCUAUGGGGAACAGAGCGAGAAGACGUCUCCCUCAGAUGUUUCCCUGGAGAUGGAACACAAGGACAAGGGCUUCUAUUCCUGGUUCUUCAACACCAUCACCAUGAAGAAUGAAGAUCUGAUUAGCAAGUGUGGAGACGAUGCCCGUAUCUACAUCAUGUUCCAGUAUCAUCUCAUCAUCUUUGUGCUCAUCCUCUGCAUCCCCUCCUUGGGCAUCAUUUUGCCCAUCAACUACACUGGAGACGUUCUGGACCAGAACAGUCACUUUGGUCGGACCACCAUUGUCAAUGUCUCCACAGAGAGCAAGUUCCUGUGGCUGCACAGCUGCUUUGCUUUCCUCUACUUCGUCACCAACUUCUUCUUCAUGGCUCAUCACUGCUUAGGGUUCGUGCCCAAGAAAAGCUACAAGGUCACAAGGACACUAAUGAUCACCUAUGUCCCCACGGACAUCCAAGACCCAGAAAUCAUCAUUAAGCAUUUUCAUGAGGCCUAUCCAGGGUGUGUAGUGACCAGAGUCCACUUCUGCUAUGACGUCAGGACCCUGAUUGACUUGGAUGAUCAGAGGCGCCAUGCGAUGCGGGGCCGGCUCUAUUACACUGCCAAGGCCAAGAAGAAGGGGAAGGUGAUGAUCAAGGUCCACCCUUGCUCUCGUCUGUGCUUCUGCAAGUGCUGGGCUUGCUUCAAAGAGGUAGAUGCAGAGCAAUAUUACAGUGAGCUGGAGGAGCAGCUGACUGAUGAGUUCAACGCUGAGCUCAACCGUGUUCGGCUGAAGCGUCUGGACCUGAUCUUUGUCACCUUCCAGGACUCCAGGAUGACGAAUCACAUCCAGGAGGAUUACAAGUACAUCCAGUGUGGUGUGCCCCCUCAACAGUCCUCGGUGACCACCAUCGUCAAAUCCUACCACUGGAGGGUCACCCUUGCCCCACACCCCAAAGACAUUAUUUGGAAACACCUGUCUGUCCGCCGCUUCCAUUGGUGGGCCCGCUUUAUCGCAAUCAACACCUUCCUCUUCUUCCUCUUCUUCUUCCUCACCACGCCUGCCAUCAUCAUCAACACCAUCGACAUGUACAACGUCACCCGCCCCAUCGAGAAGCUGCAGAGCCCAAUCGUGACCCAGUUCUUCCCCUCCCUGUUGCUCUGGGCCUUUACGGUGAUAAUGCCUCUGAUCGUCUACCUCUCCGCCUUCCUGGAAGCCCACUGGACCAGGUCAAGUCAGAAUCUGAUCAUAGUGCACAAGUGCUACAUAUUUCUGGUGUUCAUGGUAGUCAUCCUGCCCUCUAUGGGACUGACCAGUUUGGACGUCUUCUUCCGCUGGCUCUUUGACAUCUACUAUCUGGAACAGGCAUCCAUCAGGUUCCAGUGUGUGUUCCUGCCAGACAAUGGUGCCUUCUUUGUCAACUACGUGAUCACGGCAGCUUUGAUUGGCACAGGCAUGGAGCUGUUGCGCCUGGGGUCACUCUUACUGUACACCACCCGCCUCUUCUUCUCCAGGUCGGAGCCGGAGAGAGUCCACAUCAGAAUGAACCAGGCCAUGGACUUCCAGUACGGGCGCGAGUACGCGUGGAUGUUGAACGUCUUCAGCGUGGUAAUGGCGUACAGCAUCACCUGCCCUAUCAUUGUCCCUUUUGGGCUUCUCUACCUGUGCAUGAAGCACAUCACCGACCGCUACAACAUGUACUACUCCUACGCGCCCACCAAACUCAACGAGCAGAUCCACACGGCCGCUGUCCAGCAGGCCAUCUUCGCGCCGCUCCUGGGCCUGUUCUGGAUGCUCUUCUUCUCCGUCCUACGACUGGGUUCGCUCCACGCCAUCACCUUCUUCUCCCUCUCCACUGUUAUACUUUCCAUAAUAAUUGCCUGCUUUGGGACUUUUCUGGGGAAGCUUCAGAGAGCAUCUGACUAUGAGCCCGAGGAGGAGAUGGAGACCGUGUUUGACCUGGAGCCCAGCAGCACCUCCUCCACGCCAACUUCCCUUCUGUAUGUGGCCACCGUGCUGCAAGAGCCGGAGAUGAACCUGACCCCAGCCUCCUCCCCGGCCCGGCACACCUACGGCACCAUGAACAGACAGCCAGAAGAGGGAGAAGAGCAGAGUGGUGUGAGGGGCUUUGCGAGGGAGCUGGACUCGGCCCAGUUCCAGGAAGGGCUGGAACUGGAGGGCCAGAGCCAGUACCACUGACCAGGAACCCAAGGCCUCUACCUGGCAACUCCAGCCUGGAGUGGUGGCCAGGGGAGAGCCCAGCAGGGGGAGGCAGGAGGGCGACUAAGACCGCCCCACUACCUCCUGCAGACUUUGGGAAGGCCUCGUCGGAGCCCUGGCUCUCUGUCAGCCAAGUGGAGGCCCCGACCUGCUGACCAGCUAGAACGGGAAAUGCUGGGCAGUGCAGAGGGACCCUGGGACGGGAUGGAGGAUACAGGCAAGAACCACAUCACGGGAGCAGUGGCUAGACCCCUGAGCACAGAGAUUGAAGGUUGGGGGACUUUAUUGGGGUCACGUUGGAGAAGGUGUGCAUGAGGGAAGAGGCAGGAAGAAGCCCACUGAAGACUCUCUGGGGUCUUCGCCACCCUUCCACCAGCUGCCCUGCCCAAGGAGCUUCUGCUGCUGCUCUUAUGCCCUCUCCCAAACCCCAGCCCCAGCCAUCCCUCCCCUGCCGUCUGAGGAAGCAAAGGUAUGUAUGCUAGGCCUCACCGACAAGACACCUCCUCCAUGUUUCCCUGCAUGGGGAUCUGUAAAGAGACUUUCUGCACCCACCACAGCGAGGGGCAGCUGAGACCAUAGAGCUGAGGAGGUGACUGAGCCCUUUCCUGUUCUCUGCCCCUCAUCACAUGUCCCCAGGAGCAGCAGAGUAGAGACCCUUCUCCUUUCUAUUCCUGUAAGAGUAGCUAGGAUAUGGUCACCUGGGGCUCAUUAAAUGGGACCUGUAUGCAUUUUAAUGAAGGUAACCAGGGCUGGUUAGUACAAGAUGGGAGGGGCAAAGGCAGAAUUCAUGGAGGUGGAUCUUCUCCCAAAACACUGAGUGAUGAGAAACCAGAUAUAACUCCCUAAGCCCCACGGCCUAAUGAGAGGACCCCCAAGGUCAAGGAUGUGGCCACUGAGAGCUGCCUCCCUCAUACCCAUCUGAGUGUCUAGGCCCCCAGCAUGACCGAAGUGGGCAGCAGCCUAGGGUGAGAAGCCCAUGCUGCAAACUGAAGGCACUGACCUUCCCCUGGCCUCCAAGUAGGAGGCUGUCUCCUCUUGGGGCCACCCUCUACCUUGGACUGAAGAGCAGUCAAGUGGCCUUCCGUGUGAUCUUAGCUCAAACACUGCAGAUACCCUGCAGGGAGUGGGGUGGGGUAGGGGCCGUGUCCUCCACGGACAGGCAGAGUAAGGCUGCCCUCCCAGGGCUGCCACCACCCGAGGCCCAGAGGAGCCAAAGUCACAUCACAACACUGGUGACACCUGGCACCAUUGCCGCAGGCAGUGUGGUACAGGCCUUGGCCUCUGGGGAUAGGCCCCAUCAGGACCACCAGAGAGCCAUUGGGGAAGACAUAGAGAAGGGCUUGUUAGGGCCUUGGUGGAUGAGAAUGAGCCAAGUCAAAUGGGGUCUGCAUUCUCUAGAGCUCUCCUGAGCUCCCUCCAAAGGUCUGGGUCCCUGCAGCCGACCUACGCAAGGUGGGCACCAAGGUUCACCUCACCUGGGUGUUUCCCACUGGCUCCCAGGCACGUGAGUGAGCUCAGAUCACCUGCUGCUCCACCCUUUCCCACACUUGGCUCCAGAAGCUCCAAGCUUGACCCCAGAGGAGAAAUAGCACUCUAGAGGCAACCAUUGCUCUCCCCUGAGAGCUCAACCCAGACUCUUGCUUGAAGGAUCCUCCCAGAGAGCCUGGGUCAGCUGGGGAGGAGACAGUCUGUCCUUGUCCAGGUAGGAAUAAGAAGGAAAUUAAAUGCAGCUGGUCCCUCAUAAACCCAAGCCCCCCUGGGCCUCCUCCCCGGAGCCUUUCACCAGCCAAUAAGAGGAAGGGUCCUUUCCAGAGCAGAGUGGUCAGGACCCCAGCAGGGAGCUCUGCCCACCAUGGGGAGGUGGCCGGCUCCAGGCCCUGUCCGACCCCCAGGUGUGUGGCAAGGGGAGUCCUGCCGGAAGUUGGCCUGAGGGCUCCCCUUCGCUUGGCACUCCUUGCUGGUACCUGCCCUCAGGCUCCACAGCCCUGCUGGACUCUCCCUGCUGCUUUGGCCUCUCUGCCCCUCUCUUCCCCCUGCCCACUGGCAGCCUGUGGGAACUACACAUGGAAAGGGUCCCGGCAGAUGACGUGGCAGCAUGGCUAGAACUUCCCCCUCUGAAUCUGGGUCAAGUGCAAUCUGGUCUUGAGAGAAGGCGGUGAGGAUGUUGGGAAAGUUCCUGAGUCCACUCACCUCUUGGUUCUUCCUGGAGACCCAGAGCAACCAGCACAGCAUAGCCACAGCCACGAUCUCCCACAUGCUUGGGGUGUGGGCGUGCUUUGGCACCUUACAAGCCACAUCCAGGCCCUCCCCAAGGAACACCCCUCCCAUCUGCUCCCAUCUAUUGGCCUACCUACCACCAUCCAUCCCUACCCCACCGCCCACUUCCCAGCUGCCCCUGCCCCAUCUAUCCCCCAAAGCCUCUCAGACCCGAUCCUCCCUGGAGGGAGCUGCCUCCCGGGACCCGGUAUUGUCUAGAACCUCUGAGAAGUGCCCCUCCCUGGGCCUAGAGCAGCUCCAUGCCUGCCUGCCUCUUCCUCAGACGCUUCUGGAAGCAAAGUGCCUAUCAGCAGCAUUGCAUCCUCUGGGGACCCUGGUGGGGGGUGUGGACUUCCCUUGGCCACCACAACUAAAGGAAUGUGCCAGAACGCCGAACCUUCUUGUUAUUAACGCUAUGACCGUGCCUUGAAUAAACAGGUCCUCCCAACCUCUCUUGGCCUGUGCCUCUGCCUCUGGACCAGCCCAGCUGGGCCUUCCCUCCACCAGAAGGACCCAGAGCUCUCUGAUGGGCCAGCCUGAAGGACCGCACCAGCUUUGUGAC